AUGGUGGUGCGUACGCCAGAGCGGGGCAUCCCUGUUAGGUCCUUUCGCCUCGCGGCUGGGAGAGAAAGGGAGUGCUUCAGCGCUGGAGAAGGGAAAAAGGGUUCUUCCCUCCCAGCUUCUUCUAUUGCGAUUCCACAUUUGCAGAGAAGGGAGGGCUCUUCCUGCCUUCUGCAGAGCCGACUAGGCAGCGUUUUUUUCUGGUCCGAAGACGCCGACGGAGAAGUUUCUGCGCUAGGACGUUGCAGUGUCGAACACAAUGGACCAGUUUAUCUGGUUAUCGCAAAGUACAGAAAACCGGAGUGAAAUCACACAGACCAGUUGGACAUCACGACCUUGUUUCCAGUCCAUUUCUUCAAUUACCUGUGAAAGUGACUCCGCCUCUAAUGAAGACUCACUUAAAGAAUGCCCCUUAGAUGGGAUUUUAAGUCAUUGCUUUAAACAGUACAAAUUCAGAAAUGCAUAUCCACAUUUUUCCCUUAAAUUGAAAUCAAAUAGAUUUGGCCCACCUAAAUCUAGACGGCGUAUUCUUAUUGCGCCACCCAUGAGCGGGGUGGCUCCGAGCAGUCGCAAGCCUCAGCCACCUGUUCCCAGUGUUGUGGAGCAGGUUCAGGAUUUGAAAGCAUCUCCAGAGGCCCAGGACAGCAUUUCCACUGAGGAGAGUGACCUGCUAAUGUUGGGAGCCUGGAUUGAGAAGAGAAAGCAACUGCAUAAUCUGUUGGACAACUGUGUAAAUCUUGAGGAAUGGUUGACUGAAAAGAAGUCUAUCACUCAGCAGGAAGAAAGCAUCCUGAGAAAAAUGAAAGAAAAAAGGGAAGAGGAGAAGGCUAAAAUUCAAGCCGACUUGCUGGCUCUCCACAGUGUUAAGAUGGUACCAAAGAGUGAAUCACUGAAAACCGCACCUCUGAUUCAGGCUCCAUAUCCUACAUCUAUUAUUACACUACAAAAUCUUCUGCACAAGCAAAAACUCAAGCUUAUGGAUCUCUUCAAAAAAGCUGACAGGAGCAGGACAAUGAAGUUCAAAAGAGUGGACUUCCUUAGAAUUAUCCAAGAGACCAAGGUGCCUAUCAGUAAAAGUGACUUAGAAGAAAUCGUUGUCUAUCUCACUGUUUCAAAGAAAGGGCAUAUUAUAACUGCUGCUGAUUUGGCUGAAUGUCAGAGAAUAUGGAUGGAUAAUGUAAGGGAGAACUGGAAACAGCCAAAGCAAGAGCCAUUACCUGUGGUAAAAAUUGCAUCCACCAUUGCAAAAGGAGAUGUAUUUCCUCAUACCAAGCCCAGUGCAUCUUCUCAUGUUUCUUGUCAACCUAAGUCAAACCAUUUGCAAGUUCCUCCUGUCAGCACUGAACCAGAUCGCAUGCAGCUAACUUAUAACCAAAUGGAAAUAGUUGGGAAGCGAUACAAGGAAAUGAGACGACGGUUCAAGAGGAAAACCAAUCCCUUAGCCUUUGCGGAACAAUGUCGACUGGUGAGGUCUGGAGACCGAGUUGUGGACGGUCACUGCUUUCCAACCACCUUAGAGGGCGAAAUGGGAGAAUUGGUGGACCAGCAUCGAUUGGCUUGCCACUAUGUCUACACUCAGUGUCUCAAGCUUUGCAAAAAAUAUGGGAUUCCAAUUUCAGAAAAAGCACUGAAAAGGGGUCUGCUCUACCCAGGAGACAGGCUCCUGAGACUCGGAAAGGACUUUCGGAAGUUGAGGCAGCCAGGCGGUCCUAGUAACACUGCUUCUGUUAUCCCGAGGGAAUCAUCUGAUGGGGGAAGCUCUUCCAAGGUUAAGAAAAGAAAGCCAGAACAAGAGGCCACUAAGAAAGAAGUCAAAAAGCAGCCUCUGACCUGCCGCUGGGAGUCGUUUAAGGAAUUUAAGCAACUGAUGAGUAAAUACUCCCAAAGAAUACUUCCUCCACCGGAGAUUUGGAAUGAGAAAUUUCUUGAUGACAGCUUGCUUGAGCGUCCAGAUGUGCUUGCAAAACAAUAUGUGGAAAGAGAACUGAGGAGAAUGUUUGCCUUUUUGAAUCCCUUGACCAACCCCAAUAGUUUCUGGCCAGGACAUCUUCUUGAUAAGCUGCGCCUGUGUCUACCUGAAUCAAGACAGGAUAGAAGUGAAGUUCUGUUCAGCCGCGUUUCUCAGACACGCCCGAUCUAUCCUGGUAUUUAUAAUCCUCACCACAACUGGCCAGUCACCAGCGAGAGAUACGUGACCUUUGGGGAUCCAGAAUCUCGCAAGCAUUACUAUUAUAUUUGAUGGUAUUUUUGAAGAACUUGACCAGUAGCUCAGCUCCAUUGAGCUAGUAGUUUAAGCAAAACAAGAUGAUCACACAUAGAGAAAGAAGUCAUGAUUACAUAUAUAUGACAAAAUUAUGAUUUGCUGAAAGGGGCUUUCAAACAAUCAAUUAGUAUAUACUUUAAGCACGUUGUGUGAAUUGCUGAACUACGGAUUUUCAAUGAAAGGUUUGAAAAUCUGUUUUAUGGAAGUACAGGAGCGGCUUUGCUUCUAAUCCCUCUUUAAAAGCAUGAAGAGGCACAGAAGACAGGGAAUAUGCAAACUCUUCAAUGGGUGGGAAAUUGGUCACCUUCUAAAAUGUGGGAUUUCAGUUCCCAUUAGCUUUGACAGUCAAACAUGCUCUUCCAAUUUGGUUGCACACUCCCCACUGCUAUUGCAGGAGAUGAGUAGAUACUGUUAUAAUAAUAGUGCUGAGAAGGUUCAGGAAAAGGCAAGAGCUGUGUGGUAGAAGACAUAUUUUGUUUGCAGAAUGUCCCAAUUCCAAAUCCUGGCAUCUUCAGGGAAAAGAGCUAUGCUGGAUCAAGCCACAGGACUCUGGCUAAGCAUUCUGUUUUCUGUGUGAUCAGCAAGAUGCAUCUGGAAAGCUCUGUCUGAGCUGCCCUGGAAAUUCCCUUGUUUAUAAUCUUCCUACACUGCAGAUAGGUUUAUAAACCUGUGUCAUAUUCCGCCCUCCCUUUAUUUUUUCCUAAAAUGAACAGCUCCAGACGUAACCUUUCCUGAUGGAGAUGGAAGAUGGUCAGUUUUUGUCUCAUCCUGUAGUACCUACAUAUACUGUAGAAAUGGAAAUCCUAUACAGUGUAAAAUGCUUUUUUGAUCCAAAUGGCUGAAGAGCUUCUGCAUAUUGUUAUACACAAAAUUGUUUUGGGUACAUUUAAGGUACAACUCUGUACUCCCCGAACAGGGUAGAAAGAUCAGUCUUGCACUACCAGGAUCACUCCUGAACAAUCCAGGCAUAAGACCAACAUCUAACUUUAACCCAACUUACUUUCAUUAAAGAGAUUAUUGUGUUCCCUGUUGAUAUUCAUAGUGACCCUGUUAUCACAGCACACUUAACAAAAUCAAACACAAAUCCAGUCAAAUCUUCAUAUAGGUGGUUCUAGCUGCACACAAUUCCACAUACUGAUUAAAAGCUUCCAUUUGGAGUAUUACAGAGUCCCUUCCAAGAAGCAUCUGGUAUCUUUUUGGCCCUUGCACUAGGAGACGACUAACUUUAUAACAUCAAUAGCCCCAUUUGUGCUGGACAGGUAAACAGCAGCAGGCCUGGCUUGGCUGCUACAGCCAAUGUUGGGGAGAUUUAAUAGAAGGUCUUUUCGCCGCUCUUUUCCUCUAGCUCUUUUUCUUGGAAGACUAGGUGGGCAAAAUGAAGUGAUUGAAUGGAUUUGGGUUUUCUUACAGUCCACUUUAACCCUAUGCAGUAUGAAGGCCACUUGAAUCUAAUUAUGGUAUGAACAAGCCCUGGCAGUGUCUUAAUUCUGUCAUGUCUCCCAUGAUGUUGCCUUCAUCUUGUUCUCAGCCUAUGAAUAAGAGUCACUUAAGUCAUUAAGGCUGUUCUGUUUUUAAAGUAGUGUAAAAUUUUAUGUACUUUGCCAGCUGCUUGGUUAGUGGUAUGGCCUAGUGUCUUUUGGCUACUUCAGACUAGGGUGUGUACAGCCCUUUCCCUCAGUUCCUGGGCACUCCUCUGCCACAAUUCUCCCCCACCCCCCACCCCUUCUAAGUGAAAAGAGCUAGGCACAGCUGCUGGUGCCACUGCCUAGCAGCUCCCUACAGUACACUGGACAAUUGUGGGGUUUUGAAAUUCUCAAAACCAGCCUCCCCAAAAAGCUGAACAUCGGGCUGAAUGAGCUCCCCAGUGAAGCAGAAGAACAGCUCUCUUAAAAUCCAGCAACUUGCUUUUGAUAGCUGGUUUAAUGUUCAAAGUGCUAAACCCAAUUUCAAAACAAGCCUGCUAAACAGAUGAUCGUGAGGGUGAGGAAGCUGUGUCGUAAAAUGCAAGAACUGGUAUAAAGGUUGAGAUGGGAACAGUAGUAGUUCCCAGGUUAGAGGUGACCAUUACAUAAACGUACCACCAAUAUCCAACUUCAAGGCUGCCAAGCACUGUGCCAAGCACCUGUUAAUAGAGAAGAGCAGGAGGAAAAAGCUUUGAGUUAAAACCUUUGGGAAUAUAGAAAAGUCAACUUUGCACUGCAGAGAGCUAUCAACAGUUGUGUGUGGCUUCAAUCUUGUCUGCAAUAAACAUUCUACUGUAAUC